UUCAAGAUGGCGGAUUCCUCUUCGGAUUCGGACGACGUCGGGGAAAAGUCUUUGCAAAAGGGUCAAAAAAGAAGGCAAGAAGAAAGCGAUGAAGAUUCUGACGAAGAUUCCUCAUCAGAAGUAAAUACGGAUGGCUCAGAUGAAAGCUUUGAUGAAAAUAUGGAGAUUCCAGUUGAAUUUGAAGCAUUUCCUCCGAAUGAAGAAGAUUUCAAUGGAAUACGGUGCCUGUUACAACAAUUGUUCUUAAAAAGUACUUUGGAUCUAUCAAAACUCAGUGAUCUGAUCAUUUCUCAACCGGAAGUAACCACUCUGAUUAAGGUUGUGAAUGAUGAUGAUCAAGAAAACAAUGGUGAAGCCAAAACUGAUAAUGAUGAUGAAUCAGAAGAUGGUGUUUUUGGACUGACAACUGUGAUUGACUUAAAAAAGCAUAAGGAAAGUGAUGUUGUCAAGCAACUUAAAAAACUACUGACUGAUAAAUGCCAGGAGCUGGCUUCAAAAGAAGAUAAAACAGAAUUUACAGAGGUGAUGGAAGGACAACAUUCUGUAGGAUUUCUCAUCAGUGAACGUUUCAUCAAUAUUCCACCUCAGAUAGCAGUGCCUGUUUACAAAACAUUAAGAUCUGAACUGAAAAAGGUCCAUAAAAAGGGUGACGAUGCUCCAAUUUCCUACUUUGUAAUGAUUUGCAAGACUUACAAAGACACUGAGACCAAAAUGCAUAAAAAGUCUAAGAAGGUCAAGACGCAAGCGUCAGGGAGUUCACUGAGUUUUAUUAAUGUGGAGGAUGAAGUGUUCCAAAGGGAAAGUCAAUUGUCCUUCAGUUAUGCAGCCAGUGCAGAUGUUGAUGAAACUCUUGUAGCUGGAAGAUGGGCUUCAAGUGAUUGUGAAUUAAAACCUUAUCGAACUGUCCUAGUGCUUCCUGCUGAUAAGUUUGAUAAGGCACUUGAGGGAAUACACAAUAUGCUAACCCAGUAGUGACCUCUACUCGAUUGCAUCUCUACACAAGCACCAUACCUAACUGUACAUCCCACAGAACAUUGUGCAAGUUUUAGUUAAGAUAUCAGCUAACUAUGAAAGUGAGGGAUGGAUGUGUAUAUUUGUUUGUUCAUCUGUGCCUCAAGUCCCUGAGGUUGUUUGUUUCUCUGUGUAAGAAACCAAGAUUAAUCACAACAGUGGCAGCUCCCAUGAACAACUUUGUCUAUUAGCUUUCAUUAUGGUUCCUGCUAUGAAAGAAAACUCCUCUAACAGGGGUUCCAAACUAAGCCAGUUCCUUGCAAUCUACUGUUGUCUACAAGGCCUCUUGCUGCUACUACUAAGAUUUCAAUAAUUGGACAUGGGUGGCAUCUGCCUACUCCACCAUUGGCAGACACUGGUAAAAUGCCAUUACAACCCCUGCUCUGUUACCCCAAGGUAAUUCCUUUUAACACAUCUAUUAAUCAACACUGUGUCAUUAUACAGUACCAUCCACAAAUUGAAAAAAAGGAAUUUUAUCAUUGAUUUUACUCAUGUACAGUCUAAGCAUGUUAAUCCAGCUAUUAAACAAGUUUGAAAGAUCUAUCAAUCUCUAAUUUCCAUAUG